CUCUUAACCAAAUUUCCGAGUCUCUCCUGUUAUCCUAUUUGCUCAUUACAGAACCAAUGUCUUCUACCGACCACCCACAAUCCAUAGCGGACGCCGCAGCCUCCCAGGCCGCAGCAUCCAAAAUCCCGCAGUUCCUCAUCAUCUACGCCAACAUCGUUGACGGGAAGAGCUGGUGCGGCGACUGCAGAGUGGCGGAACCUCUGGUCAACAAGAAGUUUCCUCAGGGUGGGCCCAAGCGUCUGGGUAUUUACUACGCUGGCGAUAGAGAAACGUGGAGGAAAUCUGACAACCCCUGGAGAAAAUUCGGGGUUCCUGCGUUGCCUACACUUUACAAAGUGACGCCGGAUGGGACUUGGUCGAAGCUGGUCGAGGCGGAGGUUUACGAUGAGAAGAAGCUGAAUGAGUUUGUAGACUCAAGCUAGGGUCGUAUGGACUGUGAACAAUACGCUCUGUCAUUGUUGAUGUGCGUUACUGUACGUGAUAGAGACCAGGAUACAUAGGCCACUGUCAAACUCUCUCUGUCAUUUCUAUCAUCUUGGCCGCUACGUAACCUGACCUGCUCGCGUUGUCCACAUGCCUCUCUACCAAGGAGGAGUAGCAGGACCGUAGCCAUGGUACAUACAGAUCCCUAUGAAGC